AUGAAUAGUGAAACAUAUAAAAAGAUCGCUUUAUCCCAAAGAUAUUUAAACAGACCUAUCGUCAGAGCUGCGGGGCCCAUUGGAAAGGAUUCUUCAACGGAGAUCAUUGAUGUGAAAAGACUGUCUCAGAAUAUUACAUCGGGAAUUCAAUAUGUUGAAGUUGUCGACGCGGAAGGCCGCCUGAUUUGCAUAAACAGACUCGUGAGCACUCCUUGCUGGUUAAAAAUCGUCGAAUUUGCAAAUGACUGUCAGGCCUGUAACGUGCUUUUAAUGACUACCGCCGAGGGUGUAAUACUGAAAACUAUAAGGGACAUAACUCCCGGUGAACCACUGCUCAUGUGGUUUACCGAAAAUAUUCUCGCUAUGUUGAAUAUACCGUUCUUGACACCAUCUAACAUACAAGAUCAGAAUCGCUACGUUUGUCACAUAUGUAACAACUUGUUUGAGUUCCCAAAUCCUUUGAAGAUACAUUUAGCCCUAAAGUGCAAUCGACUGGACAGUAAUCAUCUUUGGUCCGUGUUAACCAAAGAGUUCAGCUUGUCGCCGAGAUCAAGCUUGUCCCUCAACCUGUUCUCCAAUCCGUCUUUCAAAUUCGAACUGACCAGAUUGUCGCAAACUUCGCCUGCCAGAAUAUCACCGAUCUCGGUAGAAACCAUGGAUAAUACUGUUUCCCUUGCAAAGAACAAUUCAUUGGAGUCUUCCGAUCAUCCCUCUCCAUCCUCUUCAAAUCUGCUAUCUUUUAAUUCUUCAUCCGUGCAAAUUUCACCAAACAUGCCGGCAAGAGCGUCCUCUGUAACGAAAGAUAUAAUUCACCGACAGUCUGCUUUCCAACCGUACCCAAAUCAAAGCAACAUCUUUAGGAAGAUCUAUCCGCUAACAAGGAACGAGACUGUUUUAACGCCCUACAAUAUUCAAGCGACCGCCGCACCAAUCAGUACUGACGUCCAUGCAGCGCAAGUGGAAACGAUAGUCAGCAAUCUCGGUAAAUCGAAGCAAGGACACCUCUGCAUUUAUUGUGGAAAAGUUUACUCGAGAAAAUACGGUUUAAAAAUCCACAUCAGAACCCAUACCGGUUACAAACCUUUAAAAUGCAAAUUUUGUCUGCGACCAUUCGGAGAUCCUAGCAACUUGAAUAAGCACGUACGGUUGCACGCGGAUGGCGAAACACCAUACAGGUGUGACUUAUGUGGAAAAGUUUUGGUCAGGAGGAGAGAUCUUGAGAGGCAUUUAAAAUCGAGACACCAAGAAAACAUAAACGAUAGUACGGAUACUUCGUCUGAUGGCACUGACGUUUAA